AUGACGGAACUAAGGUACGUGCAGACGAACCUGAACCACUGCCGAGCUGCCCAGGAUCUGCUGGAUGAGUUCGCUAGGCCGGAAGACAUUGCGGUGGCGCUGGUCAGCGAACCGCAAGGUGGCGGACGAGCUGACUGGCACUACGACUCCUCGGGUCGAGCCGCCGUAGCUGUCUUCCGUUCCGGGCUCACGCUCGGCGACGUACAGACGGGCGAUGGGUUCGUGGCAGCCACCGUGGGAGGCGCAGUCCGCGCCUUUAGCUGCUACGCUUCCCCUGCCUUGUCCGCCGCUGAGUUUCAGCAGUUUCUGGGUCGUCUCGAGGCCUCCGUGAGGUCGCACCACGGCGUUGGUCUCGACCUCAUCGUAGGUGGGGACUUUAACGCCCGGUCGGCGUCCUGGGGGGACCGCCUCACGGAGGCCCGCGGGGACGACCUGGCAGCGUUCGCGGGCUCCUUGGGACUGAUCGUCCUGAACAGGGGGCGGGAGCUGACCUUUUUCGGGAGAGGGCAGGGGUCGUGCGUCGACGUCACUCUCGCCUCCGAAUCGGCCGCAGGGAAGAUUCGGGGGUGGACCGUACGGACGGACGUAGAGAACAUGAGUGAUCACCAUCACUUGUGUUUCUCAUACAGCACCAGCCGCACGUGCUCCUCUGGCAGCGGCGGCGGUUGGUCGGUGGCACCCGGGUUGGAUCACAACUCGGCUGGACGCUGA